AUGCACGGGCACGAGAGAAGAAUAGUGAAGGAAGUGCUUUCCAACAGGCAGAGCCUGCACAUGCUCUACAGAGGCGCCAGAAUAGGCGUUAUCCUGGACCGAAUUCUGCAGAAGUCAGAGGGCAGUUUCGUGGUUCUAGGGUGCUCGCACAAGUACAUCCGCAAGCUGAAGGAAAAGCAGAAAGCCCGGACAGUGCCCCAGGAAGCAGCGCCUCUCCACAAAAAGAUCCAGGAAAUUGAGGCAAAAAACACGAAAAGACGAAAAAUAGAAAUUUACAGCGAGGGCUCCUGCGUGUUUGCGAGCGAGCACGGGUUCCUUCUGGACCUGCUGAUGGGAAAUGUUUCUCUGGAGGGGAUGCGCGUGAUAUACGUUAUUUCCGACCGGUUUAAGCUGCCCUGCAGGAACAUAAUGGACUUCAUCCUCUUUUCAGCGAGCAGCUCUUUGAGCAUUUUCUGCGAGUGGUCGCCUGCGUAUAUGACGUGCGACCUGAUCAGCAAAAGAUACUUUCCCUCCUCGAGCAUUUUCCUCUACCCGUCGUUCCGGAAGUCCGUUGCAAAGUCUCUGGGGGACUUUGAAGUUGGCGAAACUGCCUUGGAAAUAGACCCCCGGCGAGAGGGAAUCCAGGCGGAAGUGCUCUACCUCAUCCAGAAAAUAGAGCGGCUUCCGUGCAAGCGGGAGUUUGAAAAGUACAUCUGCCAGACCGUGAAGGCCCUGAAGUUCUCCCUAAGCAUUCUCUACAACUCGGAAGUCGAAAAGUUCAUCGAGUACUUUCGGGCUCUCGCCUCCAUAGACGAGACUAUGGCCGCUUUGGCGACGCUCUACGGGACCUCCGACAGUGUCUAUGCAAGAAACAUCGUCUACCGAGACGCUCUGCUAUGGCUGGCCCUUCCGAACGUGGAGGUGAUCAAGGAGAUGUCAAACGAGCUGAAAAAGGAGGAAGCUGUGCCCCCGAAAAAAGCCGAAAUACUCCGGCUCAUCCAGCGCCUCGAAGAAAAAGGCGAGAAAAUGCUGCUGUUUUACGAGGGGCCGAAAGAAAGGCCUUUUGAGUGUGCACAUCCCCUCCACAGGAGCAGCAGCUUCAGCAGGACUCUGCACAGAUUCGUGCAGGAGAAUCCCGAGGAGAAGGCGCUCCGGAUUGUUUUGGUGAACUUUUCCGUCCGGUUUCUCCGGCAGAUAAAGCUGUGCAGGAACAGGUGGGCCAGAAGGGGCGUGGAAAUAUCGCUGAGCCUGAUCCAAAUAAAGGGCUCGCUUGAAGAGCUCACGCGCCUCGAGGAAAUCGACUCUGAGAAGAACUGCUUCGUGCACGGGAUAGGCGCAAAGCAGAACAUGCCAGAAAAUCCCGACAAAGUUGUUUUCCAAAUGCGGGCUGCGGACUCAAAAGCCCCGACUCUGCAGAUAGACGUCCGCGAGAUCCGGUCCGACCUUCCUCUGAAGCUCUCCAUGAUGUUCUGCGGGAAGUACAACUUCGAGUUUAGCACGCUGAAAGUGGGCGACUAUGUCCUGAACAGGGCGUAUUUCAUAGAAAGAAAGCGAAUAGACGACUUUAUUGGGUCCCUCCAAAGCGGCAGACUAUUCAAGCAGCUGAAGGCCUUGGAGUACAUAAAGGGCACGUCCUACCUUCUGAUUGAGUUUGCAGAAACCGACAGAAUCAGCUUUGUAAAGUAUACGAGCCGCAUGCAGGAGGUAGACCUAACGGGCAAAAUAGUGAAUCUUCUCCUGACAAUGAGAAGCACGUACAUUUUCUACUCCUCUGCAAGCCUGCACUCUUCGGCUCUGAUACACGCUCUUGCCAGGAAGCCCCCAAGCGAGCUGGAGAGACACGUGCAGUGCUCCCCGGAGGUAAUUGAAGCCCUCAUGUGCAUCCCCGGGGUAGAUCAUCGCAACGUAAAUUUGAUCCUGAGCAACUUCGCAAACAUGCACGAGCUGGUGACUUCGGAGCAGGAGAAGCUGGCUUCCGUCCUAGGGGAAGAAACAGGAAGAAAAGCCUACCACUUUUUCAACGAAAAAGCCUGA